AUGUUUCCGAGGGUCUUGUUCUGUGGAAAGGCUGUGGUCUUGGAAAUAGUCAAACCGAUACGGCUUGUUUAUAGUUGUGCAUGGGUCCAAAAACACCCAAUUAUUCUCACUUUCUCUCUCUCUCCUCCCUGUCUCCCCCUCUUCUCUCUGGAGCGUUACGUGGAUGGGGGAAUCAGUGACAACCUUCCUCAGUCAGAGCUGAAGAACACCAUCAGCAUCUCUCCGUUCUCCGGCGAGAGCGACAUCUGUCCACGGGACACCUCCUUCAACUUCCACGAGCUGCGCUUCACCAACACCUCCAUCCAGAUUAACCUGGACAAUAUGUACCGCCUCAGCAAUGCCCUGUUCCCCCCAGAACCCAAGGUCAUGGCAGAGAUAUGCCAGAGUGGCUACAAGGACGCCCUUCGCUUUCUUGAGGAGAACCAUCUGCUGAAGCUGGAGUGUCCGACUGCCGGCCCCAACCUAUCAGAAGCCAUACACACCUGCUGCUGCAAGCCCACCGCCACGGAAACCACUAAGGACUGGAUGCUCCGCCGGCUCCGCCUCCUGAGGAAGCGGCACUGGUGGCUGGACGAGCAGAUUGUUGACAACCUGCCUACCCAAAUCAAAAAAGUGUUCUGUGAGGCGUGCCAGCAGAAGCCGGGUCUGUAUGCUCAGGUGUCCGAGAUGCUGCCGGUCAGAGUGGCCUCCUACAUGCUCCUGCCCUGCACACUACCUGUGGUAUCAGCCUACUCAGUGGGCAAGAGGUUUGUGGAGUGGAUCCCAGAGGUGCCUGCAGAUAUGCGUUGGCUAGCUGGGGUGGCUGGGGAUGUGGCUGGGAGCGUGUACAGACAGACCUGGAGAGGAGCAACAGCAGACAUAACCAGUGAUGGUUCCCUGAGGAAUUGCAUGAGCCUGCCCCUACCCCUGGACAGUGACGGACACAGGGAGAGAAACGGUCAUCUCUCCGGGUUUGCUCUCUCUGCUCUUGACCUCCAAAGCCAAUACUGGAACAUCCCCACCGCCCCCUCUUCCCACCGCCGCACCAGCCCCCUCAUGCCCAGCCCCUCCCCACGACAGAUCUGCUUCUUUGUUGGCUCGCAGGACGAGACUGACUGACAGUCCCAUCCACCAAUGAGAGGACACUGUGACUUUGUUUUAAAAGAUGAUAGGACAGUCCAGCUCAAGAUCCCUCCCACAGGGCCUGUCUAUAGGCUAUAGGAACUGUGAAGGGUGGUUUGGGAUGGACAAAUGAUGGUCAUGUGAUUGA